AUGGAUUUGAAAAAAGGAAAAUGGAGUGCUGAGGAAGAUCAGAAGUUAAUAGCUUAUAUUAGCAGAUAUGGCAUUUGGAACUGGAAUGAGAUGCCAAAAGCUGCUGGUUUGCCAAGGUCAGGGAAGAGUUGCAGACUUCGCUGGAUGAAUUACCUGAGGCCAAAUAUAAAGCAUCGGAACUUCAGCAAGGAAGAAGAAGACACCAUACACAAGCUGCAUGAAAUGCUGGGGAACAGAUGGUCAGCAAUUGCAGCCAGAUUGCCUGGAAGAACAGACAAUGACAUAAAAAAUUACUGGAACUGCAAUUUAAAAAGACGCUUCAAGAAUACAGCAUCUGAAACUAAAUUGGAGAGGGUGCGAAGUAUUUAUGGAGUCCAGCCAAAGAUGAAGAAUCAUCUCUCCGAAGGUACUGGCUCAAUUUCAACUGUUCCAAAAGCGUUGAUUGCAGAAAGCUUUAAGGAGGUCCCAAAUUCAUCAAGUUCUAACCUUCUCAACGGAAUUGAUAAAAACCAGGCUUUAGGUCAAAAUACUAAUGUUGAAUUAUCUAAAUUUUCUGGAAACUUUGAAAGCUUACGUGGGCAAUCAUUUUCUGCGGAAGGCUUGCAUAUAAUGGAGGAUCAUUGGCAAACUCUUUACCCGUUUGCUUCAAAUAAUGACUUUUUUGGCAAUUUUCCUCUACUGUCUUAUGAGAACCAGGCAAUAGAACAGGAGAAUAUUGAUUUAUCUGGAGAUCUCCAGUAUCAGAUAUGGCAUGAAGAGCCUGUUUAUUCAUAUAAUAAUUACUGCGAUGAUUCAUUUGAAUAUCCUCCUUUGUGGUCUGCUGAAUAUCAAGUGAUGUCACAGGAGAAUAGUGGGGCAUCUGAAUUAUCUAGAGAAAUAAUCCAAAGUUUGCGGGAGCAGCCGUGCCCAAUAAUAGAAGACUUGUACACAACAGAGGAUAAGGACCUUGAAGGGCUUCUUCCACACUUCAUUUGUGAUAUGGAAGUCAUGAGUUCAAACGAUGAAAACAAUCUCUCUACAAGGCAACCAUAA